CAUAUCGAAGAGUCACCAAAUCAAGUCCAUGCUAUCAGUGACUCUCUUUAUUAAACGUCUGCAAAACUGCAACAAGCUACAAUCAUUUCCCUUCCCUGUUAUCAAACACCUUAGCUUGUCAUCCAAAAAAAACAAAAAGAAACAAUGGGUGUUCCAUCUUUUUAUCGUUGGUUAGUGAAUAAGUACCCUAACAUUAGGGUAAAAGCCAUUGAAGAACAUAUACAUGGUCAUUGUGUCGAUACAAGCUCUUUAAAUCCAAAUAGUAUUGAGUUUGAUAACCUUUAUCUUGAUAUGAAUGGUAUCAUUCAUCCAUGUUUUCAUCCUGAAGAUCAGUCUGUAAUACCACCAAGUACAUAUGAAGAUGUAUUCACCAGUAUCUUUGAAUACAUAGAUACCCUUUUUAACAUCGUUAGACCGAGGAAGCUGUUAUAUAUGGCAGUUGAUGGUGUAGCUCCACGAGCUAAGAUGAAUCAACAGAGAUCAAGACGGUUUUGCACGGCGAAGAACGAUGAGAUUGCGGAAGCUGAAGAGGAUCGAUUACGGAGAGAAUUUGAGUUGGAAGGUAAACUGGUCCUUACGAAGAAGGAUUGUGAAGUUUGUGAUCCGAAUGUCAUUACACCUGGUACAGAGUUCAUGUACCGGUUGUCUAAGAAGCUUGAAGGUUAUAUCGAGUCUCGAAUGAAUGGUGAUUCGAUCUGGAAGGGAAUCCAGGUUAUAGUUUCUGAUGCAAAUGUACCUGGUGAAGGUGAACACAAGAUUAUGUCAUUCAUCCGGUACCAAAGAUGUCUCCCUGGAUACGACUGCAAUACUCGCCAUUGCUUAUACGGGCUGGAUGCAGAUCUAAUAAUGCUUGCUUUAGCAACACAUGAAGUUCAUUUUUCAAUUUUGAGAGAGGAUGUGCUCUUUCAAGAACAACAGCCAGCUUUCCGAUCUUUUUCCACAACAAGCAAUAGAGAAGCCGAGCCGUAUUCAUCGGAGUCUCUUAAACAUGCACCGGUAGCUAAAAGGCCCUAUGAGUUCCUCCAUGUCUGGAUCUUAAGGGAAUACAUAGAACUCGACAUGAAAAUUGCAGAUGUUCCUCAGAACAUAACUUUCGACCUUGAGAGAAUAAUCGAUGAUUUCAUUUUCAUGUGCUUUUUUGUUGGGAACGACUUCCUUCCUCGUAUGCCCUCUUUGGAUAUUCAUGAGGGAGCCAUGGAUUUACUAUUGACAGUUUAUAAGCAAAAUUUCAAGAACAUUGGUGGAUAUUUAGUUGACAUGCAAAGGGUUAAUGAUAAGAAAGGAGGGUAUAUAAAAUUAAAAAGGGUGGAGAAAUUUAGCCUUUUAGUUGGAUCAUUCGAAGAAAAGAUUUUCAAGAAACGACUUGAAUUGCACGAGCGUUGUCUUAGAAGACUAUGCCAGAAUUCAGAUAGGCAGCAAGCUGAUGAAAUGGAGAUCUUUAACUUGGAUCCUCCCAUGGACGUGACUAAGAAUUCCUUGGCUGAUAUAAAUGAUAUUUUGAGAAACACGAAAGAAUUGAAGGAAAAAUUGAAAGAGAACUUACGGAACAAAUCCGAUUUUCUCAAGAAUGGUACUAUUAGAGAUCAGGUAAGAUUAGGUGUUGCUGGAUGGAAAAAAAGAUACUACAAGCUGAAAUUCUCUGCAGAAACUGAUCGGGAUAUUGAAAUAACAAGAAAGGAAAUAGUCCAAAAGUACACUGAGGGUCUACUAUGGGUGCUUUUGUACUAUUUCUCAGAUGUGCCAUCGUGGGCCUGGUACUAUCCCUAUUACUAUGCUCCGUUUCCGUCAGACAUGAAGGGUCUUUCUCAAGUGAGUGUAAAGUUCCAGAAGGGUCAGCCUUUUAAGCCCUUUGAUCAACUAAUGAGUGUAUUGCCACCCAGAAGUGCUCAUGCACUUCCGAAACUGUAUGCAAAACUUAUCACCGAUGCCGAUUCCCAAAUCAUUGACUUCUAUCCUACAGAUUUCGAAAUUGACAUGGAUGGUAAGCGCCACGCAUGGCAGGGCAUAUGCAAGCUUCCCUUUAUCGAUGAGGAACGGCUUCUAUCGGAGACACUAAGACUUGAGAAGGAAUUGAUGCCAGAAGAAACAGAAAGGAAUGCAGAGAAAAUUGACAAACUCUUUGUACCGAGACAUUUAGGAUCAAAGAUUUUGACACUUUUGCCUGAUAAUCAAAAGUUGCAUACAGAAGCCGAACUGAUCAGCGGUGCUGUUAGAGGACAUGUAUCAUCAUCACCUAUCAUGUUGUUGUCGUUCAAGAUCCCUAUCGGAAAACCACAUAUCCCACGCCCUCUAGAGGGUGUUGAAUAUCCCGAAAAGGCCAUAACUGAAGCUGAUAUUCAAAAAACUCAGCUAUGGCAUGAAUACCUUGGAACCAGACCGCUCUAUAACAGGUUCGAGUUAAUCCAAAAACCAGAAAUGAUCUUCACCCAUCGAACCAGACAUCAGAUACAAGGUUGCCAUGGAACCCAAGGUUUGACACAUGCAAAGUGGGUGGUGCUGGUUCAAGCUCAAACACGGCUAAAGCCAUUGCAGACAUGAAAAUAUCUGAACCUAGCCAUAACAGUAUGUUUGGUUAUGGAGGAGGGCAGACAUGGCGAAGGAGCUCGCAGCAGUCAAGUUCUUUUCGGUCAUCAACAUCAAACACGAACAAUCCAUGGCGUAGGGGACCGUGCAAAUCUAAUAACAAUGAUUCUGGAAGUGGUUUAAAGUGAAUGCUAUUCCAAAGAUUCUUUAAUGUUUGCCUUUUGAUUCUCCAACUCUGUUUUUUUGUCCAACACCAAACUUAUAUUUGAUCAAAGUUUUAUAUAAUAUUUUUAGUGUUUAAUUUAGGUUUUAAGAUUGA